AUGUCCUCUUCACUCUCAUCAUCGAGUGGACUGCCGGAGGCGACUAGGGCCCUCGACGAAUUCAAGCAACGGGAUGGUUCAAAAGUCGUCGUUCGAUUCAAAGCAACGGGCUCGGCUCCCAUCAUGAAGCAGAAUUUCUUCAAGAUCACCUCUUCGAAUCGCUUUCAAGCUGUGAUCGCGUUUCUGAGGAAGGAGUUGGCAUUGAAGCCGACAGAUCCUGUGUUUCUCUACAUCAACUCUUCCUUUUCUCCAGCACCCGAUGAAACGGUCGCCAAUCUAUUCAAAUGUUUUUCCACUGAUGGCCAUCUGAUUGUGAAUUAUAGCUCGACAGCGGCCUGGGGAUAA